GGCGCACAUGCGCAGGUGGGGACCAGUGCCUGGUUUUGCCGCUGCGGCAGCGAAACUUGCGCAGAGUCUGGUUGCCGCCGGAGAUGCCUGAGGCGCCGGCCUGAGGAGCGGUUAGAGACGCAAUGGAGCGAGCAAGGGAUCGCUUACACCUGAGACGGACUACAGAACAGCACGUCCCAGAGGUGGAAGUCCAAGUCAAACGCAGAAGAACAGCCUCACUGAGCAACCAAGAGUGUCAGUUGUACCCGAGGCGUUCUCAGCAGCGACAAGCUCCUGUGGUGGAUUUCCAGGCUGAACUAAGACAGGCGUUCUUAGCUGAGACACCAAGAGGUGGUUAAAGCAGUAUUGGAACAGUGAAGAAACUGAUCACAA